AUGAAACGCAAAAUCCGUAAACCACAACAUAAUCGAAGCCGUCCCAAGUUGGAGGCGCCUGUCGAAGAAGAACCAACGGCAAUCAAAAAUGCACCUCACACAUUUGUUAUUCGCCGUGGAGAACGCUGCUCGUCGGUUGCCAGGCUGUCUCGCGAUUUCCGUCGUAUGAUGGAACCUUUCACCGCAGCGCAUCUUCGCGAGCGACGAUUCAACAAGGUUAAGGAUUUCGUCCAUCUGUCGGGAUUCUUCCACGUUUCCCAUAUGUGUAUGUUUUCCGUUGCUCCGCAAAGUCUGUCGCUAAAGGUGAUCCGAAUGCCCAAGGGACCGACUCUUACCUUUAAAGUUCAUCAGUACACGCUGGCGAAGGAUGUGAUUAGUAAUACGCGCAAGCAGUUUGUGGACGACGAAUGUUUCAAGACAGCGCCCUUGGUUAUCCUGAACAGUUUUAGCGGCGAAGGCAAACAUUUAAAGCUUAUGGCCAGUACGUUUCAGAACAUGUUUCCACCGAUCAAUCUAUCGACGGUGAAGCUUUCUUCAUUGAAGCGAUGUGUGCUUAUAUCGUACAAUCCGGUUAGCAAACUGAUCGACUUACGCCACUAUUCGAUCACAGCAGUACCGGUAAAUUUAAACCGUGGUGUGAAAAAGCUUGUGACCAGAAAUAUUCCCAACCUGGGACGCUUCCAGGAUAUAGCAGAUUUUGUCGAAAAAGGCCAUCUGCUCUCCGAAUCCGAGGUGGAUGAUGAAGAUGCACACGUUGUGCUGGCGCAAAAUUUGAAAUUCGGCAAUCUGGCCGAAAAUCAAUCAUCGUUACGCCUUCACGAGAUUGGUCCUAGGAUUACGAUGCGGUUGAUGAAGAUAGAGGACGAUCUCAUGACCGGGGAGGUGCUCUACCACGACUACAUUGAAAAGAACCCCAUCGAGGUGGAAGCCAUCCGCAAAAAGCGGGCCCAGUUGCGAAGACUCAAAGAGCAGCGUAAACACAAGCAGGAAGAAAAUUUGAAAAAGAAAGAAAAGGAAAAGCAGGACCACCGCACAAAGACAUCGGUGCAGGGAAAGAGCAGCCAAAUCACAGAGCAAGAUAAAUUACUUUUGAAAGAUGCGGAGGAAGCCGUGGGAGAUCUUUCGGAUGAAGAUGAUCGCGAGUAUUAUCGCGAUGCGAUCGGUGACAAUCCGGAGGAAGAACUGUUUGAGUCUGCCGGUAGCGCCAAUCGGAAGCGCCCAUUUAUUCCUAAAGGUUCAAACUAUUCUUUGAAACCGAAAAAACCUCGCAUGGACAAACGCAAGCAAUACGAGGAAGAUGAUCGGUUAGCGAAGCAGGAUAGCAAGCGACGUAAUCAGGAUGCAGCGGAUAGAAAAGGCAAAGGAAAGUUUAAAACUAAAGGGACGAAAGAUGAUUUUCGGGGAAAAUCUAAAUUCAAUGGUAGUAACAAAGUGGGCAAGCGAAAUGGCAGCAAACCGGGAAAGAAGUCAGGUGGCAAAAAGACCGCUAAGCGUAGGUAA